UUCGUGUAUAUUCGUGUUUACAAAUGUCAAAUGUUAAUUCCUCAAAAUUUCAAUGAAAGUCAUAAGAGUUUUAAAAUUUUCUUAAAUUAUUGUCCCGUUUUGCGGUCAUUUUUAAGCAAUGUAAAAUUCCACGCAGAUCUUUUAAACACCAGCUAGAAACGUAUUUGUGGCGAAGUUUCGGUUCCACAUAGAUCACCACAAUGAGCGUGUUGCGGGCUCUUGGUUCGACAUGGAGGUUAUGCAGCCGAAAUUUAAACCAGUUAUCUCAAUUUUCAAGCUCAAUAUUUAUUAAAAGUGCCCAUAGAAAUGACCGUACAAAUAAUGUAGCAGGUAGAUGUAAUAUGGGAGCAUUUUAUGGCCAAAAACGAAAUUUUUCGUUACAAUCAACAAUAGAAUCAUUGGCAACAACUCAAACUGGUGUCUUCAGAGCCAUAUCUGAAAGCACUCCAGUUGAAUGUGUUCAGGGUUUACUAGUCAACUUACAUGCAGCCACAGGUCUUCCAUGGUGGGCCACAAUAAUAUGUACAACAAUAAUGAUGAGGUCCAUGGUGACAGUACCUCUUGCUAUUUAUCAGCAGUAUAUUAUGGCUAAAGUUGAAAAUAUCAACAAGGAAAUGCCUGAAAUUGUAAAGGAAAUCAACAAGGAAAUGUCUGUUGCUGUUAGGUUGUAUAAUUGGAAUGAACAAACAGCUAAAUAUGAGUUUAAAAAGGCUGUGAAAAAGCAAUGGCGUAAUUUGGUUGAAAGAGAUAAUUGCCAUCCAGUAAAAGCCACUUUAUUAAUGUGGUUUCAAAUACCAAUGUGGAUAUCAUUUUCCGUCAGUUUAAGAAAUUUAGUUUAUGAAUUGCCAAAGCUGGAUUUUGAUGCUAAAGUGACACUCAGGGAGCUUUCCAUGGGUGGAUUUGGCUGGAUACCAAAUCUUAUUGAAGUGGAUAGUUCAUGGAUUUUGCCAGUGGCAUUAGGUGUUAUAAACUUGGCUAUCAUUGAGUUGCAAGUUUUAUCAAAAGUGAACCCACCAAGUAAAUUUCAACGUUAUCUGACGAAUUUCUUUAGAGUAUUUAGUAUUAUAAUGAUUCCCAUUGCAGCAUCAGUUCCUUCAUGUUUAACUUUAUAUUGGACCACAUCAUCCGCAUAUGGGCUCAUACAGAAUUUGGUUUUAAUGUCGCCUAGGGUGAAACGUAGUUGCAAGAUACCAUUAUCAGCAUCUCAAUUGCAGAAACCUUAUUCACAUGUGUAUGAUGGUCUCAAACAAAAGUUUAACAUUGCAAAUCGUUCAAAUUCAUAGCGUAGGUAUAGAAUAUUUGAAUAAAGUUAUUUAAAACAUAAAAA